AUGAACUACGACGACUGGACCCUCGACCGCUUGGUGGCGCCUGCUGACAUGGCGCUCGAGCACGAGUUGGCCAAAAACCCCCACGAUCUCGCGUCCUGGCAGGCGUACUAUCGCCUGGUAGAAGCAGCAGAAACAUCACCAGAAUCAGUGCAAAAGAAGCUCUUCGUGUUGGAACGAGCUGUCCAGGCAGUACCACGCUCUGCUGAGAUGUGGCUCCUCUACACAGACGUGGCAGAGUCGCUCGUGGAGCACGCAUCCUACUACCACCAUCGCAGCGACUUUGGCGUGGUCAACUCGGUCUACGAGAGAGCCUUGCUGCUUUUGGCAGACAACCACCAGCUCUGGCAGCGGUACUUGCGGUUUCUCACCUCCCGCCAGCAGUGCGAGGUGACGUUCAUCCGCAGACGCUUCAACAGGGCCUUGCUGUGCUUGAAGGGCAGCGUGGCAGCCAUCUGGCAGUUGUACCUCGCGUUUGGCGAAGCCGUGGGCGGCUUGACGGCGUGCCACGUCUGGAGCAAGUACUUGCAGUACUUGGGAGGCGUGGAGCACGCCGACGGGGGCCACAUCGUGCUGGUUUUGGCUCAGUACGUUCAAAACGACCAGUACUUGAAUGCUAUCGCCCUCUACCGGGCAGUUCUUGCGUCCUCCAGAGACCUCCCCGUGUCACGUUUGCAGUUGCUCAACGAGUAUCUCGAGGUGCUCGUGGACUUGUCGAAGACGUCGCCGUCUGCCAGUCUUACUAACCACUUUGAGUUGGCAGUGAAAGAUGCCAUUGCCCUGUAUCCCGACCAGCUAGGACCACUCUACCUACAAUUAACCCAGUUCAUGACCGAGCAAGGCCACCAUGCCAAGUCCCGCCACUACUACAACCAGGCCAUUCUCCACUGUGACAGUGUCAGGGACUUUGUCAUGAUCUUCGACGCCUGGACCCAGUUUGAAGAAUCCAGACUCACAGAAUUAUCUGAAGCUGUGGAAAACAACAAUACCGACGAGGCGGCUAUCCUGGACGCAUUAGCUUCGUUGGACUUCAGAAUGAACUACCUAGACAACUUGAUUUCCAAUAGGCCCUUCCUCUUAAACGAUAUGAUGAUUCGAAAGGACCCCAAUAACUUGGACCAUUGGUUCCAAAGGAUCGACCUCCACAAGGACAAUCUCGACAAGGUUCUCCCUACGUAUGCACAAGCAUUGACUCAGAUAAACCCCCUCAAGGCCCAUUCUGGCACUUCCAACACCCUCCCCAAGCUCUGGAUAAAUUACGCCCGAGUAUACUCAUCUAGAGACGACUGGAAGACCGCAAAUUUGAUUUUCUCGAAGUCGGUGACAUCGACGUUCCGCUCGGUAGACGAGCUAGUGGAUUUAUAUAUCGAAUGGACGGAAUCCAACUUGUCUGCUCCCUUUAAAGAUGCAGAUACAAAAGCUCUCUAUAUUGUUCAGCAGGUAUUGUUCGAGAACAAAUCCAAAGACGAAUUACACGCAAGUGUCUCGAAGAACUUGAGAUUAUGGUCGUUUUACAUCGAUCUCUUACAAUCGUUUAUCGAGGAUGAUGAAAAACAAGCUGAAAACAUCGACAGGGUUUGCGAUGCAUACACUAAAAUGAUAGACAUCAAAAUUGCCAGCCCCAAAACUAUCUUGUCGUUCGCAAGUUUUCUUCAACUGGUGAACUACAACGAGCGUUCCUUGGCAGUUUACGAAUCAGGACUUCGUUUAUUCACAGACAGCGAGCUCAGAUUCGAGAUCUGGAACGUAUACUUGUCCAAGGCAAUUAGUUUCGGACUUGAUAUCGAAAGAACACGAGACUUGUUUGAUACCUGUUUGUUCGAGAAUAACGGGUGCCCCGCAUCUUUGGCCAAGCCCUUCAUUUUGCUUUACUCCAAUUUCGAAAGAGACCAUGGGUUUGUUUUGAAAUCCCUCAAAGUUAUCAAACAAGGUAUUAAGAAAUUAUCAGAUGGAUGGGAGCUUGCAAUUUCGAAAGAGCAACGGUCGAAGAUUCUGAAUGAUAAAUUUGAUCUCUAUACCAUCUUAUUUAUCUCAGUCGAAGACAUUGAGACAAAGAGGGGCCUGUAUGAAGAGGCGGUAGAGGAUAGUCAAUUGUCUUUAGAUCAACUCAUAAGGCUUAGCGACGAAUUUAUUGACUUCGAAGUUCAACAAAAGCAGAUAUCCCGUGCCAGGGGUCUAUUCAAGUUUAUUUGCAAGCUAUGCAACCCAAAAAAUAACUCGCUUAUAAGAAUCAGCCAAAUCUGGGCCAAAUGGGAGACUUUCGAAGUGGAUCACGGUGAUGAAAUUACUUACAAAGAAAUGUUGAGAUUCAAGAGAACUGUGGUAGACGAGUUUGAGAAAGUGAGUAAGUUCAAUGAGCAAUUGAACCCCAUGGGCUUCGUCAAGGGGGAGACUGUUGGUGGGGCAAAAGAUGAGGAAGAAGUGAGAAAUCCCGAAGAAAUUGACAUGGACAUGUGA